AUGCCCAAGCUCGCCAAGGCCUUCACAGGUGGUGCCCCCGCCUUCGUGCUCGACGCCUCCGAUAAUCCCUCCUCCAGCUCAGGCUAUGGCCUCACUGUUAGCAACAUAGAGUCGAAGAGGAAGCUUGUUCUCCGUCCGACGUGCCAUAAAGACUUGGUUCCGUCGCCUCUGAUGGGUCAUUUAAUCGGCUCACAAAGCAGCAUGGUCUGCAAUGAAACUCUUGCAGAUCUAGACCCCCAAGGCCCCAUCCCCAAACUCCAGAUCGAUCGCACCGGGAGAUUGCUGACGCCCGCCCGCCGCGAUGGAGGAGGAGAAGAAGAUGAAGCUCUGCUUCUCCAUCCCCUCGAAACCCAAGGUCAAGCCCGCCACGCCUCCCGCCGCCUUCUCCGUCGCCGCCGUGGCCCCCGGCCCCGCCCCGCGGUUCGUCACCGUGUUCGAUCCCUCGGAAACCCUCACCCCAGCGCCCGCCGCGCCCGUCGUCAUUGCGCCCCUUCCCGACUGCGCAAACCCUCCCCAGCUGCUGCCGCGCCGGCCGCGCCCGUCGUCAUCGCGCCCCUUCCCAACACGCGCAAGCUCGCCGAGGCCCCCGCCUUCGUGCUCGGCGCCUCCGACAGCCCCUCCUCCAGCGCAGCCUACGGCCUCACCGUCCGCAAUACGGAUUCGAAGAGGAAGCUUGAUCCCCAGGACGAUGCUGCUAGGGAGCAGCCGUCGCCUCCAGGCCCCAGCGGCGAGGACCUGAUGCUGCGGCGGUUCAAGGAGGACAUGGCCGUUCUCCCGGAAAUCGAAGGUACGGACGAGUAUGACGAGGUGCCUGUGGAGGGGUUCGGUGCUGCUCUCCUCGCUGGCUAUGGCUGGAAGGAAGGGGAUUCUAUUGGAAAGAAAUACAAGGGCAUGGGCGCUGUCAAGGUUCGUGAGUACGGCCGCCGCCGCUGCGGCACGCAGGGUCUAGGCUCGUAGGGUUGCCAGGUCGUGACAGUUUCUGUUUCUUGUUUAUUUUCUUGAUUUCGGUUAUCUGUAACUGUAAGUAUGUAUGGUUCAUCAGACUUUGUCUUUGCCUAUCAACAAAAUCAGUGUUUUCCUCGCA